AUGGAGUUAUCGACAGAUUCAGAGAAACAACAUCUGAUUGAGACUCAUUUGGAGCAUCUUGGAUGGUUAAACUCUCCAUCUCCAGAGGACGGAUAUUCAGACUCGGAGGUCUGUGAUGAUGCCUCCAGUGUGGACGGCUUGUUGCGGCCGGAGCGACUCUGCCAAGAGACAGAUGUGAUGUCGAAGGCUGAAGGCGACGAGAAACGUUUGGCCAGAAGGAAACUCAUCGUCGCCUGCGUUAUCAGCCUCGUCUUCAUGACCGGAGAGGUGAUCGGUGGAUACGCUGCUCACAGUCUGGCCAUCAUGACGGACGCGGCUCAUCUCUUGACUGAUUUUGGAAGCAUCCUGAUCAGCAUCUUCUCUCUGUGGAUCUCAACCCGGCCUCGCACACACACCAUGACCUUCGGCUGGCAUCGAGCAGAGAUUUUGGGCAUGCUGCUGUCGGUCGUGUCUAUCUGGGCUGUGACAGGAGUGCUUGUCUUAUCGGCCAUACAGAGGAUCUCUGACGGAGACUACGACAUCGACAGUCAGAUCAUGCUCAUAACAUCAGGCUGCGCUGUGGGCGUCAACGUCCUCAUGGUCCUGAUCCUCCAUCAGUCCGGCGCCUCACACGGCCACAGCCACGGGUUACCUAGCAACCAGCUGCAGAGCGACAAAGACCACCGCCACACUCACAGCCACGGCAACGCCAGCGUGAAAGCUGCCUUCAUCCACGUGGUGGGAGACCUGCUGCAGAGCGUCGGAGUCCUGCUGUCAGCCACCAUCAUCCACCUCCGGCCUGAAUAUAAAAUAGCAGAUCCGAUUUGCACCUUCCUGUUCUCGAUCCUGGUUGUUGUGACGACACUUCCGGUCACCAAGGAUGUUUUCAGGAUACUGAUGGAGGGCACUCCUCAGGACAUAAACCUCAGCGGCGUGAGAGAGCUGCUGCUGUCGGUGAGAGGAGUCGUAGGCGCUCACAGUCUGAACAUGUGGAGCCUCAACAUGACUCAUUCUUUACUCUCCGUCCACGUGGUCGCAGAGGAAGACGCCGAUCCGCAGAUCGUCCUCACGAAGGCGACAAAGCUUCUGCGCUCUGAGUUCAGUUUCACCGGCAUCACGAUCCAGGUGGAGACUGACGGGCUGGACGCUCACGACGUCACAGACUGA